GUUUCGAAGGGGGGGAAAAAAGAAAAAUAAAAAAAUAAUAAUAAUAAAAGGAGAGAAAAAGGCAAACAAAUCCAAGGCCAGAUGUUGGUACGAAGGAAGGAAAUCGAAGCUCCAGAUAGAGAGAUAGAUAGAAAGCUCGGCAGUCUCUGAAGAAAAAUUCUUCCUUUUCUGUACUCAGUAAACUCUCUCUCUCUCUUCCUCUUCCUCUCUCUGUGUUGCUGCGGCGCGUUUAUCCGUUUCUUUAUCUGUCUGUGCUUUUUAUCUCCAAAAGCCGAUGGAUGCAAUGGAUUUGGUCUCUUCAACCGGGGAGCUUUGCAAAGGAUUUGGAUAAUGCUCAAUCCACCGUUGUGUAUCUCUUGGUCAAUGUAAAUUCCUUUUUUCUUACACAUUUGUAAACACAAAGGGAAAAAAACUGAAAAUAGAAAGAAGAGGAGGAAAAGGAGAAGAGAAUGAGCUUGUCCAACAAAGGGGUCCCUACCAAUGACAAAAGGCUAAGUCCCACAGGAAAGGCAACAACUUUGAACCCUAAUGCUGCUGAGUUCAUUCCUUUUGCUCUCAGAUCGCCUUCCGGAAGCAUUAGUACUGCAGAUGGAUCAACAGGUUUUGGUGCCUCAGGGUCUGGGACAUUAGGAAAGGCUGUUCUAGAUUCUUCGGAGUCUUCAAUUGUCAAUAAUUCUGAUGAAGAGGCUCACCAGUACUGGCGCCACCAAUUGCCUGAUGAUAUCACUCCUGACUUUAAGGUUAUGGGGGAAGAUCAAUCUCAUGGAAUCAACAACAUUGCUUUUUCAUCAUUAUCCUUAAAUGAUGGGAAUGAAACCUCAAGGUUCUCUGCUUCGUCUGGCAGUAAUUUUAUGUUGAAGGAGAUGCGUGAGUUGUCUUCUCAUGGACUCAGUGGGAACAGUUUUGCUGAGAAGAUGAGAUAUUCUGUUCCAUCCUAUGGCGAAGAUGCAUCAUCAACCAACUUCCUUCAUUUGUCAACUAGACCUUGGGAGAAGCCAAUCCUGAACAACAAUCAGCUUCUUUCCAGUGUUACAGAAGAGCCUCAUUACAGUGCUAAUUCUAGCCACGGUUUGCUAAAUGAGCAAGCAAUAGCAGAGAAUGCAGAGAUGAAUCCGCUUGAAUUUUUGGCUACUCAGUUUCCUGGUUUCGCUGCUGAGAGCCUUGCAGAGGUUUAUUUUGCUAAUGGAGGUGACUUGAACCUGACAAUUGAAAUGCUUACACAGCUUGAGCUGCAAGUUGAUGGUGCUUUGAAUCAGAAUCUCAACUCAAAGGCUUUGUCAGCUCCAAAUCUCAGUGCACUUGAUUUUCCUGCACUUUCUGUGCAUGAUAAUCGAAGUGGUAUACCAAAAUAUGGUGAAGAUGAUAUCCAACAAAAUGUUAAUCCAUACCAGUCUUCCAGCAAGGAGAAUAUGCUUUUGUUUAAGUCUGGCUCUUCGAUCCCUACAAGAGGUGCCACAGAUUUUGCUGCAGCUGUCAGGAAAAUGUCUGCUCAGGAUUCUGGUUUGUGGAAAUAUGAGCGAAAUGGUUCCUCUGAUGCUAUUGUGGGCUCAAGUAGAAGUGCACAUGUGUUGGCCACCUCUAAUAAUGGUGGGCAGGGGAGGGGCAUUUAUGGUGAUAGGUUACAAAGUCGUCGGACAGCUCCUGUAUGGCUUGAUACUGGAGAAUCAGUGGCGAAUAUGUACUCUGAAAUGCGAGAUGAAGCUCGUGACCAUGCACGUUUACGUAAUGCAUACUUUGAACAGGCAAGGCAGGCUUUUCUAAUUGGAAAUAAAGCUUUAGCGAAGGAAUUGAGUGUGAAAGGACAGCUACACAAUAUGCACAUGAAGGCAGCUCAUGGAAAAGCUCAAGAAUCCAUUUUUCGUCAAAGGAACCCGGGUGGUCCCGAGAUGCAGGGCAAUGGGAGAGGACAAGAUAGGAUAAUCGACUUGCAUGGGCUGCACGUGAGCGAAGCCAUUCAUGUUCUGAAGCGUGAGCUGGCGCUGUUGAGGAGUGCAGCUAGGUCAGCAGAGCAGCGACUGCAGGUUUAUAUAUGCGUAGGAACAGGUCACCACACGAAGGGUAGUCGCACUCCUUCACGGCUUCCACUUGCGGUGCAGCACUAUUUGCUGGAGGAGGAGGGGCUAGAAUACUCUGAACCGCAGCCAGGGCUGCUCCGGGUUAUGAUUUACUGAGGAGGGAGGAGGGAGGAGUCACACAGGGAGGUUUAGGAGGUUUUUGACACACAGCAUAACCCAAGAAAUCAGUAAUCAGAAAUUCUUGUAUCUCGCUCUCUGUAUAUGGGGUAGUUCAGUUCAGAUCAGAUCUGGGAAAGGAAAAAGCUAAAAAAGAGAAGAAAAGAAAAUCGCAAAAAAGGAAAACCAAAAGGCAGAAGAAAUGUACCAUUAAGAAUCAGAUGAUAGUUGAAUUUACAUUUUGGUAGCAAUCAUCAGCCCGUCGUCGUCUGUGUUGCGGAAACGUUUUUUGUACCCCCCUUGUAUUUUUAUUCUUUUCUUUGUUGAGAUGGUAACUGAUAGAAUUAAUUUUACAUUAUAGUUCUCAAA